AUGUGGACCACAACCUCCGGCUUGCGGGGCAAGAAGCUCCAUCUCGCCAUCACCUUCACAUCCGUUGUCGGUUUCUCACUCUUCGGUUAUGAUCAGGGUUUGAUGUCCGGUAUCAUUUCCGGUCCCCAAUUCACCUCCGAGUUCCCUCCUCUCUACGGUGAUACUGCGCAUGUUGCCGUCUUGCGUGGUGCUGUCACCUCCUGUUAUGAGCUCGGUUGUUUCUUUGGCGCUAUCUUCACUCUCGUCUACGGACAACGUAUUGGUCGUACUCCUCUCCUUGUCGCCGGUGGUAUUCUCAUGAUCCUCGGCACAGUUAUGUCCACUGCUGCCUUUGGUCCUCACUGGGGCUUGGGUCAGUUCGUUAUUGGACGUGUCAUCUCUGGUAUCGGAAACGGCAUGGAUACCGCUACCAUUCCUGUCUGGCAAUCUGAGUGCUCGCGCGCCCACAACCGUGGUUUCCUCGUCUGCUUCGAGGGUGCUAUUAUUGCCGUCGGCACGUUCAUUGCAUACUGGAUCGAUUUUGGACUCUCGUAUGUCGACAGCUCUGUCCAGUGGCGGUUCCCCGUUGCUUUCCAGAUCCUCUUCGCUAUCUUUGUCACUGCUGGCGCUCUUAUGCUGCCUGAAUCUCCUCGUUGGUUCGUUAUGCAGGGUCACGACCAGGAAGCCCUCCAGGUCCUCGCCCAGCUUAACGAUAGUGAAAUCGAUGCCGAGGAUGUGCUUACCGAUUACAAUCUUAUGAAGGCUGAUCUGAAGGCCCUCGAGGGUAUUGAGGCUAGUAGCUGGGGUAUUCUGUUCACUGGCGGCAAGACUCAGAACUUCCAGCGUAUGAUGAUCGGUUGCUCUGGUCAGUUCUUCCAGCAGUUCACUGGUUGUAACGCGGCUAUCUACUACUCCACUCUGCUGUUCCAGCAGAACUUGCACAUGGACGGAAAGCUUCCCUUGAUUCUGGGUGGUGUUUUCGCUACCGUUUACGCCAUUGCCACUAUCCCCUCCUUCUUCAUGAUUGAGAGGGUCGGUCGUCGCAAUCUAUUUUUGAUUGGCUUCCUUGGUCAGGGUCUCAGUUUCAUUAUCACCAUGGCCUGCUUGAUCGACUCGAACGAGCAGAACGCUAAGGGUGCUAUCGUUGGUAUCUUCUUAUUCAUCUGCUUCUUCGCCUUUACUACGCUGCCUCUGCCCUGGAUCUACCCCCCGGAAAUCAACCCCCUCCGCACCCGUACCAAGGCCGCUUCCGCCUCGACCUGUGUGAACUGGAUCACCAACUUCGCCGUCGUCAUGUUCACUCCCGUGUUCUCCAGCCAUUCCGACUGGGGUAUCUACCUCUUCUUCGCUCUCGUCAACUUCGUCGCCAUCCCCUUCGCCUGGUUCUUCUAUGCUGAGACCGCCGGCCGUGAUCUCGAGGAAGUCGACAUUAUCUUCGCCAAGGCUCAUAUCGAGGGCAAAUGGCCCUACCAGGUGGCCCAGGAGCUUCCCAAGCUCACUUUCGCCCAGAUCACCCAGAUGCAGACCGAGCUGGGUCUCGAUAUGCCCGACCACCAGGUCAACUCUGAGGCCGAGAAGGUCGAGAUCGCCAUGAGCAGCGGCAGCGAGACCAAGCACUCCGAUUAA